AUGGCUGUCGGUGGUCUCAAGAAGAAGGCUGUCCAUUUUGGAGCGGGCAAUAUCGGCCGUGGUUUCGUUGCCUGCUUUCUCCAUAAUUCUGGCUACGAGGUUGUCUUUGCCGAUGUCGUCGACUCUCUCAUUGACAAGAUCAACUCCUCGCCCUCAUACAAGGUCAUUGAAGUUGGCUCAGAAGGCACUACUGAAAACACCAUCACCAACUACCGCGCCAUCAACUCCAAGACGCAUGAAGAGGACUUGAUCAACGAGAUUGCCACCGCUGAGGUUGUCACCUGCUCUGUUGGCCCCAAUAUUCUCAAGUUUAUUGCUCCCGUCAUUGCCAAGGGCAUCGACCGCCGCUCCAACGACGAUGCUCCCCUGCAUGUUAUUGCAUGCGAAAACGCUAUUGGUGCUACCGACACUCUCGCCAAGCAUAUCAAAGACCCGCGAAACACUGCACCUGAGCGUCUUGAGGACCACCAUCUCCGAGCGCGCUAUGCCAAUUCUGCUAUAGACAGAAUUGUGCCUGCUCAGGACCCCAAUGCUGGCCUCGAUGUCACUCUUGAGAAGUUCUUUGAGUGGGUAGUCGACAAGACUCCAUUCCAAGACGUUGGUAUUCCCUCUAUUGAGGGCAUCAACUGGGUUGACAACCUAGCCCCUUUCAUUGAGCGCAAGCUAUACACUGUCAACACAGGACACGCCACUGCCGCCUACCACGGGUACAACCGAAGAAAGCGCACUGUGUACGAUGCCUUGCAAGAUAGAGCCAUCAUGGCUGAGGUACGUGGAGCGCUGAUGGAGACCAAGAACCUCAUUGUCUCCAAGCACGAGUUUGAGGAGGAUGAUCAAGCUGCCUACGUCGAAAAGAUUAUCAAACGUAUCGGCAACCCUCACUUGGAAGAUGCCGUCGAGCGCGUGGGCCGUGCUCCUCUGCGUAAACUUUCUCGCAAGGAGCGCUUCAUUGGCCCUGCCGCCGAGCUUGCUGAGGCUGACCAGCCCAUCAAAUACCUUCUCGAUGCUAUCGAGAUGUGCUUCCGCUUCCAGAACGUCGAGGAAGAUGAAGAAUCCAAGGAGCUCGCCAAGAUCAUGUCCGAGAGCAGCCCCGAAGAGGUUGUGAGCAAGGUGUGCGGCAUUCAGUCCAGUGACAAGAUUCACCGGUCACUGGUUGCCAUUGUUCAGCGUGUCCAGGACGAUAGUCGUGAAGAUUGA